ACGCGGAAGUGGCCCGUCGCAGAUCGAGGCCGCCGAUGGAAGGGAAGCCCGCUGAUGGCAGAGGCCCCGUGCACGUGCCUUUUGGGCACAUUGUGGCCAACGAGAAGUGGCGCGGGUCGCAGCUGGCGCAGGAGAUGCAAGGGAAAAUUAAACUCGUUUUUGAGGCUGACCUGACACCUGUAGAUUUUUACUUGUCCAGCAGAUCCUGCAUUCUUUAUGUCACGGAAGCUGACUUGGUGGCAGGAAACGGCUACAGAAAGAGGCUUGUUCGGGUUAGAAAUUCCAGUAAUCUUCAAGGGAUUGUAGUAGUUGAAAAAACGCAGAUGAGUGAACAGUAUUUCCCCGCCGUGCAGAAGUUCACUGUGCUGGAUCUCGGGAUGGUGUUGCUUCCAGUGGCCAGCCAGACCGAAGCAUCCUGCCUCCUUGUCCAGUUAGUUCAAGAGCAAGCCAAAGAGCCCAGUAAGAACCCUUUUCUCAGGAAGAAGCGGCCUCUGAUCUCAGAGUUGUCCCUCCUUCGAACUGUGCAACAGAUCCCAGGAGUUGGGAAAACGAAAGCUGUCCUUCUGCUCCAGAAGUUCCCAAGUAUCCAGCAGCUGAGUAACGCUUCCGUCCCAGACCUGGAGCCCGUGGUGGGGCCGGCGGUGGCACAGCACGUCCACGGCUUCUUCACGCAGUCCAGCUGACGGCUCUUCUCGUGGCGUCCACUGAUUUCUCCUUUAGACACAAACAACAGGAUCUUGUUUUUUCAGAUUGAAAAACCAAGAAACAAGAUUUCCUCUCACAGCAACUAGUGAAAGAUGAGGUGCGGCCUGCACGGCACCUGCCAGUUGUCUCGCCCUGCUCUCUGGGCUCAGGCAUGCGAGUGAGCGGGCCCCGAUGGCGCUGCCCUCGUCCUGCUGGCAUGAAGAGGGCCGGCAGAGAUGCUCCCAAGAGCGUCGGUUUAAUUAGGAAUUCUCAGAUUCAGCAGAAAGCCAGCUUGGACAGAUUUUAAUGUGUGACCUUGGCCUGCAUCUAUCAUGGAAAGGUCUUACCAAGUUUCAGGUGGAGGAUGUGACCAUGUAAAGGACACAGACCGACAACGGAGCACUGUGUACCCUAAGCCCCUUGUUCCUGGAGGCAGAGCCACGGUUCUUCAGGGCUGGUCUGAAUGAAUAGACCUGUGCUUUGAGGGCUGCUGCCAGUGUAAAUACACAAUUGUACCGCCUUUUUUCUCCCUCCCUUCCGCUCCCCCUCCCUCCCUUCCUGGUGGCUGCACAGUUUGCUUAUGGUCACUGGGCACGUCUCCUGAACACAGAAAGCCUGAAGUUUGGAGUCCCCAUUUAAAGAUAAAAAGCCAUGUGUGUGAGGGAGGAAAAGAAUGUGUUUGUAAAUGCAGAGCCCAACAGUGGGAAGACGUACAGGAAGAUGGCAGGGACGGCUGCAUCCAGAGGACAGCUGGAGCCGGGGGUGAAGAGGUACAGCUGCCCAUUCAAAAAAAAUACAAUUACAGAAACGAAAUAACAUGAAAGCUCUUUAAGUCCUGUUUUGUGAAGUGUUAGUAAUUUUUAAAAAAAUCAAACACAAUAAAAACAUUUUGAGCAUUAGGGUAGAAACAGUUUGAAAGAGAAGGCAAUUAAAGUGAAAUAAAAGUGAAACACAUUAA